CUAUUUUUGUAGACUUGCACUGCAGGGUGACUUCCGGUCCCGACUUCCUCAAACAUCUGAGGAAUUCACCUCUUCACUCUGAGGUGAAUGCUUUUUUCGGUGAGAGAGCAUCUCAGAUUACAGCCCCUGGCCCUGUCCUCAUGUUGCUGAAGCUCUUGCUGUUGCUCUGUGGUCAGCCCUGUGAACCAACAGCGCUGCUUUUGACAGUCAGCCCUCCACGGCCCAUGGAGGGGAACGCAAUGGCCCUGACCUGUAAGACCCAGCUCCCCACACCGAAGUUAGGCGUCCCGCUCCAGUUCUCCUUCUUCAAAGAGGGCACUGCCCUGGGGCGGAGCUGGAACAACUCCUCGGAGCUCCAGGUCACUGCCCUGAAGAGGAGAGAUUCCGGGUCCUACUGGUGUGAAGCUCAGGCAGAGGGCCUUAGAGUCAUACGGAGCCGGAGAGUCCAGAUAGAUGUGCAGGGAGUCCCUGUCUACAAUGUGAGCUUGGCGACACAGCCCCCAGGGGGCCAUGUGAUGGAGGGAGAGAAGCUGGCUCUUGUCUGCAUGGCCACGGGGGGGACAGGGGACAUCACCUUCCGGUGGUACCGAGGGGCCCUGGGCUUAAACCUGGGAGCCAAGACCCAGCCCUCCCUGACGGCGGAGUUUGAGAUUCCUGCGGUGAGCGAGCAGGACGCCGAGACCUAUUACUGCGCAGCGGACAACGGCUAUGGCCCCAGCCUCAGCGGGCUCGUGAGCAUCGCGGUCAGAAUUCCAGUGUCUCAGCCUGUCCUCACCUCCAAGCCUCCGGGGGCCCCGCCGGUGGUGGGGGAUGUGGUGGAGCUGCACUGCGAGGCCGGGAGCGGCUCUCCUCCCAUCCUGUACCAGUUUUUCCUGGAGGAUGUCCCCCUGGGGAGCAGCUCAGCCCCCUUCGGAGGAGGAGCCUCCUGGAACCUCUCUUUGACCUCAGAACAUUGUGGGAACUACUCGUGUGAGGCCGACAAUGGCCGGCGAGCCCAGCGUAGUGAGGCGGUGCCCCUCUGCGUCACAGUGCCUGCAGAGGACAGAGAAAACCCUGCUCCACCCAUCCUUGAGGGGCUGCUUGGCGGCUUUGGUCUCACCUUUAUGGCCCUAUUCCUUUGCUGUUGUCUCAAGAGAAAAGUAGGAAGACGUCCAGCCAAAGACCCACCCAGGAGCCCUCCCAGCCCCCCACCCCGAGAAUCCACCUACGUGAAUGCAACGGCUCCAGUGCAGCAGCCGCCGUUAUAUGAAAACGUGAAUGUUGUCAGUGGAGGUGAGGUUUACUCCCUGGUGUACCAUAUGCAACAGGAGCGGCGAUCAGCGGCAGUACCAUCCCUGAGGACACAGACGCAGGAUAAGGACCCCUCAGCCAUCUACUCUGGAGUGAAAACCGCAAGCAGUUCAGAUGAUGACUACGAGGAUGCUAUUUAAGUUACGGAAGACCCUGCUCUUUAUAAAGCACCUGUGACCCAGGCCUCAGAACCAGUGUGUUCUUCAGAGAUCUGGGGAAUCCGCUGUCCAGUAGCCCCAUCCAGGGGAAUGCCCUCCACGAGACGAUUUCCACCUCCACUGGAAGGCAAAGUUGGCUCAAGCCCCGAACAGACCACCCCAGAGACUGACCCCGCAUGAAUGAAGAAAUGGGAAGGCCUCUGCUACCAGAACCUGAUGCUUGCUGGUUCUUUCAGGCCUGGGUCAAAUUGCGCUCUAACUUCUUUUUCUAAGAGGAAACAGGACAGGAUAAAAGCACUUAGGACUUUGGGGUCGAGGGAAAGCGGGGCUUAGGGUGCACAAAACCCAAGGUUAGUGAUCUUGUGGGACUUCUCCAUACAGAGCUGUGUCCAUCCUGUGGUUCAGGUGCCUUUUCUGCUCAGACGGUACUGACCACUUACAUUAAUCUUCCUGUUUCUCCAUAUGUGACUCGCCGCAUUUGAAUUCACUGUUACCAAACCAGAAUUGAAACAAUGUUACAUAAGGCAUCACUGCGGUUAUGCUCCAUGUUAGCAUAUUUUGUAUGUACGAGCCCAUCUGGAUUUGUAGUGAGAUCUAUUUGUGCUCGUCACCACAUCCAGUGUUCUGCCUUUGCUGCAGCCUCAGAAGCUUUGUGAAUAUAAUUUUUUAUUCACAAAUGUUGUGAAAACACGUGGUAAUAGGAUUUGGAGUUUGUAUUUUAAUUUUAUAAAUCAAUCAUUUGCUAACGCUUAUAAAUUUAAACAAUAUAAAGCAUAAAAUGUAAAAAAUUAAAGUCUUCCCUGUAAUUUAACACAAGUGGCCCCCAUUGUUAAACAUUAAGCGUUGUUAAAAUCACAGCUCUGCAGAGAUUUUUCUAUUUUUGUACAGGCAUUUAUACAUCAUUGUAAAUAUGUAAAUAUUUAGAAAUAUACCUAUUUAAUAAAAUACCAUGAAAUAUUUUUUAAAAGUUGAAAAUGCUACCAUUUAUUCCUCUAGACAAACAUAUCAAUGCACAAAUAUGAUGAAUAUAAAAAGAAAAUUAUAUGAUAAGCUCAAAAACAGCCUCUGAUUCUGAAUUCUGUCAAUGUUCUUACCUUUUGCGACAGCAUGAAUGGACAUUAUUAU